GGGUGGCAGCAAUGGCCCGGGUCCCCAGGCUCCCGGCCCUGUGUGCAGCUGGCACGCGCGUGUCUCCUCGUGUCUGCGCGUGUGUUGGUGCGCGCAAGUGAGAUGAGGUGGAGUCUAAUGCCUGGGUGUUUCCUUCCAAGUGAUUUUGAUCAGCAAUCCAUUGGGAAUCAGGAAAAAACAAAACAAAACCCAGUGUGGCUAAAAGGAUGAAAACUGAGUAAGUACACAGAACUUUGAACUUGAAACGGACUGCGACCAAACGCAAGCAAAACCCUGACAGUAACCACACACAUCCAAACUGCUGUUCCCCUUUUAUGUUAAAAGCUGUGGAUGCUAACAGCAAAGUGGCAAUUUAAAACCGAAGGGAAGGAAGCAGUUCGGAAGCAUAAAAGGCGGAGAGCGGGGCGGCUUUCAAGCGGGAGGGAAAUGGGAAAACGCUAGGGCAACCUGGCGGGCGCCCAGCUGUGCAACAGGCGCUGCGCGGUUCGCCUGCUGCGUCUUCGCCGCUGCCUUCCAGAUCCUCCAGAUCCGCUGCGCUGUGCUUGCUCUUCGCCCCAAAGACGGGACAGGCUGGACUCCCGAGUUUAAGAAGGUGGUGGAAGUUAGGCAUUACCGGAAGGAACUCUUGGCAGCGGAGACGCCUUCGGAUGAUUUCUUACAAGUAGAUUUGAUUUGACAUAACUUAAAAAAGAAAGAAAGAAAAAAAGAAAAAGCAGGUCAGUCACUUCUAACUGUCCUCCGCGGAAGAGGGCCGGUUCGUCACCGCGGACCGCUGCUGGGUCCUAUGAACCUUUGGCAUGAACCUUCGGAAAGUUCUCAAGUGGAGAUGGGGCGAACUUGAUUGGAGUUGUGCAGAAAGAAGGCAGAUGUGUAUGCUUUUCCUGCUGACAGCGUGGCCGGGGGCCAAGUGAAGCCGGGCAGGUCAUGGUCUGUCGACCGGGGUUCCUUUGUCGCCGGCGCUUAUGCCCCCGACCUUUCCUGGUGGGUUUGGUGGUGGCGAUCUGUCUGUUUUACCAGACCCUAACACUCCGAGGGACUAAAAAGCUUGCGGCGGAGGCCCCCGUCCUGCACGCGCCCUCUCCAACUCCGGCUGGCAGAUGCGAGGAAGGACACCCUCCGGACGACCGGUGCUUCCUCCUCUCCACGAACGCCCAGGAGAUCAGGAAGAUUGAAGAUUUGAUUGAGACGCACUUCGACAGUGGACGUAGAAGGGCCGUCCUCCGACGACCUCCUUCCUACAGGAGAGCAGGGCUUCAGACUCACCAGCACCUUCUCGCUCAGCAUGGCUACAGUGUCGUCACUGUUGAAGAAAGACUUGGAAGUGGUCUAGGUCUGGAGCUGCGGGACCAAGGUGACUUGAACUCCUGGGAUCUGCUCAUUUGCCUGCCUUCUGGGAAAGCUGGUGGGAAACCCUGCCUGCCCAGGGAGCUCAUGUGUCAGCUCAGUCUACACCAGAAGGUAAAUGUAUUACCAGAAAUACAGCCCCAGCUUUGCAGGAAAGAGGGCUUGUGUCGGAUAAUCAGAAGAUUUCCAGAACUGCAACUUCCAGUGAGUCCCUCUGUGUGCCAGGAUCAGGGGACCCGGUCACAGUGGAGUGCUUCCAGCCAUGGCUCGGAAGCGGCGAAGCCACACCUGCGGAAACCGGGGGACUGGCGACACGAACAAUUGAAUCAGACUACCGUCCUUGCUCCGCGUGAAGCACUCUUCAGAGCAGAAGAGCUAUCUGUGAUUCUUAAAGCCUAUGUGUUGGUUACCUCCUUAAGGCCGUUGCGUGCGUUCAUCCAUUCAACUGGCACCGUAUGGAGCCUACCAAAGAGGAAACGUUUCACGGUCAAGCUGCAGAUGUUUUUUGAGACAUUCCUAAGGACAAGUUCACCUCUGCAGGCACUGGACAACAUGAAGGAAGCAAUUAGCAAGCUCCUCUUGGUGGCGGAGGUGUUCAGUGAAGAAGCCUCUACUCUGGGACCAAAGACUCUCCAUAGAUGUAGACAGUGUUUUCAGCUUUUAACAUUUGAUGUUGGCUAUGGAGAGCUGGGGUAUCCUGUGGUGCUCCAGGUACAUGAGCAUUUAAAAGUUCAAGAUGAUGAGCAUUUCAGUUUGGAGGACCAAAAUACAGAAAAAGUUAUUCUAACAGAUACCUUCAGCUUCCUCUUCUCCAAUGCAUCUUCACUUUCCACAUUUUCUGAGAUAUUGCAGAGGCUUUAUAGACCAGGGACAUUUGAGGAAGGAAACUAUCAGAAGGUGUUAAAUCAGUGCCUGUCACUAGAGGAAAUUCACUCAAUUACAACUUUCGCAAAGGAACUUGGGAGUCUGGGACAAUUCCAACUGCUCUUCCCAUCCACUGUUCCUGGCAUCCAGUCUCUGAUGCGUGAAUUUUAUGAUAUGGUAGCUCCUGGCUCGGUCCUGUCCCAAUACUGGUCUCUUUUAAAUGUAUUUGAACGAUUUUGGCUCAUGAAUAAAAAGGCACAGCUACAUCCCCUGGAAUGGAAUUCUUCAACAAGAAAGGAGACCAGGGAGAAACCACAAGAGUCAUUGGAAGCAGUAAAAAGUAAAAAAGAUGCAGUCCCACAAGUUUUGUAUGAAAAUAAAGAUAUACACUGCAGUAAUGAGGAAGACAUGCUCUGCCACAUCAAGAAGAUCGUCACCCAUCCCCAUUUAGAACUAAGUCCGGAGUUUAAUCCGAAGAUCACGGAUUAUUACUGUGAAGUGCCCUUUGAUGUGCUCACAGUGAGGAUCGGAGCAGAGGCUUCUAACAAGUGUCAGUGCAAGGUGCACCUGCAAGAGCGGACAGGGCCAAGUUUUGCCAACUAUCCUCUGGGAUUAGGAAUGAACAGGAUCUCUGUGCUUGUGGUGGAUGAGUCUCCAGCAGAGGGUGACACAAUAACCACGUAUAAACUCACCAUCUACAGAGAAGACCGCCCGAGUCUGCCCUUCUUUGAGGACUUCACAGCAUGCGGCUUUGUACAAGAUUGUGGUUUAUUGAUUCACCCAGAAGAAACCUGUGGGUUGCAGCCUAUUUCUACAGACUACAUUGAAGCCAUUUCGAGGCCUGAAAUAGAGAGUUGUCCAUCUGGGGACACGAAAGGUCAGUGGAUUGUGCCUUGCCUUAGUUGUUCAGACAACAGGACCUGCGACUGGAGGGAAAUAACCUGGCAACCACACAACUGCCAACACGACAUCCUAACCAAGCCAGAACUUCAGCGGUGCCUGGGAGGAAGGAAGAUUCUUUUCAUUGGAGACUCCACCAACAGAGGGAUGAUGUACUACCUCAUCGAGAGACUGAAUGAAACACUGCAGGAGGGGCAGAAAGUACAUGGCACGAAGCUGUACCCCAGGGUCAACGGUGGCAAGACACUGAUUGGUUACUCCUACUACCCACAGUUCUGGAGAAGCCCUUCAUCGAGACCAACGUUCGAGACUGCGCUUGAGCAUCUCCUGCAAAGAUCGCAUCCCUUAGAGAAUACUGACAAGACGGUGUUGGUUGUUGGUGGUGUUCAGUGGCUUAAUUCCAAUCACAUGCAAAUUAUUCACAACGUUUUAAAGAGGGAAAAUUUGCUCAAUAUCCUAGUGAUCAUCAAAACCUUGGGCAUUGGAUUUCACCUGCCGGUGGAAGGAGUGCAUUUCCUAACACAGAGUGAAGUACAGAACUUACAUAAAGAAAAUCUGAGCAUUCUUGAAGCUGCCAAGAAGCACGGCUACGAAGUCGUGGACACAUUCACUAUCACAAUGGGUCGGCACAAAGAAUUUCUGCAGGGCAACUGUGGAUGCCAUUUCCACGAGUCAUCGUUUGCAGCCAGAGCAUCCCCUCAGCCAGUCCAGGGCAGUUCUGGAACACUCGCACCGAGCAAAUUGUUUCCUAUUUUCUUCUCUGAACCUGGAACCACAUCAGAAGUUCCCUGGAGAUUAUUCAGGUCGAGAUCAGUUUUACAAAAGGUAGUGAAAUCAAAGUUAUCCAGAGAGCACCAUAUCAUCAAGAUGAAAAGAUCCAAGAACCACAUUGUGGGGAAAUACUUCAGCAGUCAAAGCAAACUGCAACGACAAAAUGCUGUCCCAAAUGUUCAUUCACCGUAUCAUGUCAGAGGUCCAAUAAAUCAGGUUUGCUCUGAAAUCCUGCUCAGCAGGAUGUGUGCGAGCCAGAAAUCUGCACAGGCUCCGUGACAGAGAGUGACGUCAGAGUUAGAGAUAAGUCAUUCACCUCACCUGGACAACGGUCUGAGUACCAAAUGUGCCUCACAUGUACUUUGCAAUCACUGGACGCUCACCAGUGCAAGCUCACACAGCAAAGCACACAGCUUACAAAAGAGUAGUGACACCUGUUUGUUUGUUUGUUUGUUUGUUUUUUUAAAUAUAAAUGUACACAGUCAAAAGUGACCUUGAGCAUCUGUUAGUUUCAGGCCAAAGGACAGAGCUAGAAGAUGAUCACUUGAAAUGUGAUCAGUAAGUAGGACCAUGUGGACCAGACUAGGUAUUGGAUUGCAACAAAAAACGGAAGUGCAGAAAUGUAACAUCGUGGGGAUAGGGUAAUGCUGUUUGUGGGCUACCCACACCAAAGGUUCACUAAUGUAAAAAAAAAAAAAAAAAGUGAAAGAAGCAGCUACAUUCCAUGUGUAAGGAAGGGUAACACUUAAGGUCUCUACCCGAAGAAAAUGGGUAUUUAUGGUGGUUUGAGCUUUGUGGAUUUAAUGCAGGUGAAAACUAUUUCUUCUUAGUCUUUUAAAAUGUUGUAAUGGCAGGGAAUGAACAGGAGUGAUUCUUUACGGGGGAAUCCAAAGGGAUUCUCUGUGAGUGAGUGAUGAAAAGCAGUAUCAUACUCGAGUCUACGAUCCUGUGUGAUCCACAAACAUCCCCUACCCCAAAUGUCUGUGAGUUUAGACGGGGUGCAUAGUCUGACAACACACAUAAUUUUAAAGUGUGGAGCCAGACAAACUUCCCCUCCUGUUACUUUGCUAUGUUUGUGGAUGCUGAAGACGCGUUCACCUGCCCUACAGACCUAUCUGAUUUAGGGAGACGGUGGCAUUUCAGAUAUGUUGCAAAAGAUCGAGGGUUCUCAAAUGCCUAAGCAUAAAACAUUUCCCAUGUGUCCUCAGAUAGCACCGUGUGGCUAGGAUCUGUAUUCUUCUUUGAACAAAUAUGUUUAAUUCAAAUUAGAGUAAGCAUACAAGUAUCUUGUGAAAACUGUGGCAUAAGUAUGAAACAACCCUAAUUCUAGCUUUGAAAACUUUCUCUUGUGUCUUUUUAGGUACGAGAUGGUAAAUUUUCUUAUUAUACAAAUAGUUUGCUGUGAGAUAACUUCUCACUGCUAUAGCGGGUUCUAAAGGAUGGUUUUGGGGGUGAGGAGAGGAAGCUGAGGAUAUACUCAGUAUGGAGCUGAGAUUAUUAAAUGUACAAAUACCUCAAGUUCAUUGCCAUAAAAAAUGAAACUAUUUUGAUCUAUUGACCCAUCAAUUAUUUAGAAUGAAUAUUCACUUCCUUCAAAUACUCUAUUUUUAUAUAUAUUUUUAUAAGAACAUAAACAUGAAUUUAUAUUUAACUAUAUUAAAUUAUAUUUAAGCGCAAAUACCACUUGAUAUAAACAACAUAUGCAUUUAGAAAUGGAUUUUUUUGAACAUCAGUACGGAAUUAACCUAACUAUGAAAUGUCUUUAAUAUCUGUAUACAAACACUGUGCUUAAAUCUUCAGUUGUUCUUCCAGGACGGAAGAUGUUAGCGAUUGUCGCCAUUGCUCCCUCACGUUUUAAUGCAUUGCGUACACUCCAGGGGUGUCACAGUUAGCGCUGGCUUCCCGACUCCCUGUCGGCAUAACCGGGAGAACCCUCCGACCCCAGCUAGUCUGGCGUCUUCCUCUUCACCACCCAUGUCUGAUCAAUAAAUGUCUAACUGGUAAUAA